GCCAAAUGGCUGAUAAACAGUGCUGUAAUGUUGCAAGCAUGUCGAUGCCCUUGAAUGCUGAUUAUUGUCCUUACUCAGAUCUGUGAUUCCGUUGUACAUGUCAAGUAAAGUUUAGGAAAUUCUUCUUCUUUUUGUAGUUUAGUGAAAUAUUUUGCUCUUGUCCUUUUGUGAGUGAUUUGUGUUGGACUGUGUUGGAUUGGGCAGACCGAAAUUGCUGCAAUGAGCCUCAAGAAGAUACGCCGACGACUUUCUCAGACUUUCCGUUUCAGCAUCGAAAGCUCGUUGUCUGAGCUGGCUGAACAUUUAACCAUAGAAGAGAGCAAUGGCGAAGUCAAGAAUAAUGGCAUGCACCAUACGUCAACCUUCACAAAAAACCACAGGAGGCUCUCACUCUCUCACUCACGAAUUAUUGAUGUCAACCACAGGCCAGGUGUGUUGCACGAACAUCCGAGGAUUGGCUCCGAUGGCGAGUCGGAGGAAGUUUCAUUGGCCUCCGAUCCUGACGUCACAUCACCUGUCAAAAUGCGCCAAAAAAAUCGCCGUCUCAGCGAGCAAGACAUCAGCAAACGUCUGUCAUUACCGGCUGAUUUACGGAUACCGGAAUCCUUCCUAGCCAAACAGUCGAGCAGUAGUCCCAUCUUCGACGGGCCGUUGACACGGACCAACCGGAGACAGUCCCUCUCUGAGAUCGGCUUCGGCCGCAUGGAGACGUACACCAAACUCGACAAACUCGGAGAGGGAACGUACGCCACCGUCUACAAAGGCAAAUCGCGACUGACGGACAACCUGGUGGCCCUCAAGGAGAUUCGUCUGGAACACGAGGAAGGCGCUCCGUGCACGGCCAUCCGUGAGGUUUCUCUCCUCAAAGACUUGCGUCACGCCAAUAUCGUGACGCUGCACGACAUUGUCCACACGGAAAAGUCAUUGACGCUGGUCUUCGAAUACCUGGAAAAGGACUUGAAGCAGUACAUGGACGAUUGCGGCAGCAUUCUCAGCAUGAAUAACGUCAAAAUCUUUCUGUUCCAGCUUCUGAGGGGACUGUCUUACUGUCACCGGCGGCGUAUUCUUCACCGCGAUCUCAAACCGCAAAAUUUGCUCAUCAACGACAAGGGCGAACUCAAGUUGGCCGACUUUGGGCUGGCUCGAGCUAAAUCCGUGCCGACUAAAACCUAUUCAAACGAAGUAGUGACGCUCUGGUAUCGCCCACCCGACGUCUUGCUAGGAUCCACCGAGUACUCGACGCCCAUCGAUAUGUGGGGAGUCGGAUGCAUCUUCUUUGAAAUGGCAAGCGGCCGCCCCCUCUUCCCGGGAUCAACAGUCGAGGACCAGCUUCAAUUGAUUUUCAGUCUGUUGGGGAGCCCGACAGAGGAGACGUGGCCGGGCAUCCAGAGCAACGAAGAUUUCUUGUCAUACCGCUUUGACCAUUGCGCUCCGCAAUCCUUGAUCCACAGAGCGCCUCGACUCGACGGCGACGGACUCGACCUUUUGAACAAGUUCCUUUGUUAUGAAGCCAAAAAGCGGAUCUCAGCCCAGGAUGCAAUGCGUCACCCGUACUUUCGAUCCUUGGGGUCGAUGGUGCACAAACUACCAGACGUCGCUUCGAUUUUCACUUGUCAAGGGAUCCAGCUGACGAGAGAUCCAGGGUAUCGGCCAUCGAGUCACGGCAAUCAUUCGAAAACACGACGCCAAUCGAUGCUCCUCUAGACUGCAGUGAUACAGUCAAAUUGGCGCGAUACGAUAAACUUGGCAUCACACUUAAAACGAAAAAUGAAGGUUCAAAGUUUAAUAAGUGUGUGUGUGUGUGGGUUGGAGAAUCCGCAAAAAAAAAAAGAAAACAAUUGUAACUCUCCCGUUUCUUGUAAUGCGACACUCGUGUUGUUCAGCUCGGCCCUUCUUACGUUUCAAUUUAUCAUAUUUAAAACAAAACAAAAAAUGGAAGAAAAAACAAACAUCCUCCCCUCAACACACACACCGUUGUUCUCACGUUUCCAUUUAUUUAGAAAUCCCCCCCCCUUCCUCCUCCGUUGAGCGUGUUGAAAAUCAUGUCGUUCUACUCUUCUGAAAUUCUCCCGAAAAUUUGAAUUGAAAUCUUUUUUUUUUUUUUUUUUUGUCCACUGUGAUGGUAAUAUCGUCCAGCUCGUUUUCUCCUUUUUUUUUUUUUUUUUUUUUUGGACAUUUUGACUGAUUCUCAGUACCUUCUGAUUUCCCUUCGCUUGCCCUCAUUUAUAAUCCAACACAACAACAAAAAAAAAAAAUAAUGUCACAUCGAUUUGUUGAAUUCCCCCCCCCCCUCAAAUUUUUCUUUUCGUUUUCAGUGAGAUUCGGUGAUGGCAGAGGGUUAUCCAAAAUCUUGGACACAUUGCUGUAGACCCUUGUACUUUGAUGAUUUAUGAUGGGGUACAUAAUCAAUGGCGUGUAUGGGGAUUUGUAUGUUUUUUUUUUUCGCACUUGUUGGCGGAUGCUGCGGAUCGUCUAGCGUCUUGUGUGUGUCUGGUUUGUGUGUGUCAUGUACGCGUGUGUGUGUGUGUUUUUUUUUUUUUCUUUUGUGUGAGUGUGUCGUCUCGGUUCCAGGUGUGAGCCCGUGUGACUGUCUGUUUGGAUGUCGAGUCAAACUGCCAACCGAGCUGCUCACAAGUCCGUUCCCUCUCUUCCGUACGUGUCACGCAGUCGUGAAAUGUUUCGUCUCAGAGAUAUGAUACUUAUGGCGCGCGCCAGUGGA